GGUCAGCGUGAGGCGCAGUGGUCGUCGUGUGGCCGUGUUGUCAGCUGUCAUCCCCGCUCCCGCGCCCUUCCAGCCCCUGUUUUUAGCCGCCUGAGGCCUUUUAGCCGCCCAAAAUGGCCAGUGGAGUGCAGCAGGCAGAUUUACCGUGGUGGCAGAAGUACCUGGCCCGUGGGGUUGGCUGCGGGGGAGGCGUCAUUGCCCUGGGUCUUGGGCUGUUCAACUGCAUCAGCUUAUCUGCGUUCUGCAUUGUUGCUGGGAUAUGGCAGAUGUUGGCAGCUUUUAUCGUGAUAUCGGCCGAGGCUCCAUGCUGCUGCAUGUUCAUAGACUUUGUGCAGCGCUACUCAGUGUGGGUGGACGCGCGGCCACACUGGCAGAAGGCCGUCUUAUACAUUGGCCUGUCCAUCCCCUCCUUCAUCAUGUGCAUCUCUGUGUCCGUCAUUCUGGGCUCAGGCUUGAUCUUCCUGUGCGGGUUGCUGUACGGUAUGAUGGCUCUUGGCAAAAAAGGCUCCCGGGAGGACAUGAUCGCUGCAGCCCAGAACUCUGGCCGGCCUGGCGGCAUGAAGGACAACCUGGGGGACGGCGGCUCAAGUCCUCCCGCCUAAGCUCCUCCACACGUCCGCCACCGCCGCCAGAGUUGAGUAGCUGAUGUCGGUGAUCAUCGAGCCACCGGAAGAAACUUUGCUGUCUUAACAAUAAUGUCUAGAAGUAUAUAACAAUUUGGUAGACCUGCUGGUGAUAACAUGAGUCAAGGCCAGGCCUGGUGUAGGUGUCGUAAGAAUUGCUCGGUUGUCCAGUAGUCCUUGUGAUGACCCAGUGGCUGAAGAUGUAAUAGUUGUUCAUCAUGUGAAGGGCACUAACUGAUGGCUAGGUUUUAUUUUAUUCAAUAGUUUGUCUUUUAAUCUGAACUUUUAAAUUAUGACCUCUGGGAAUUGCUCCCCAGAGGGAUGGUGACAACUGAACAACUAAAGUAUCUCUGGCUAUCUCUUCCCAGGCUUUUACUCUUUGCAGGUACUGAAACUUUGAUUUCUUUUAAUAGGCUGCUACAUUUUCCAUAUUUAUUCCCCAUCCCUUUUAUAUAUAUAUACUCACAUGUUUAUGUCAGUAACCUUACCGUUGACUUGAUAAGUGAAGCCCUGUCCUUGAAGUGUGCCUGUUGCUGCUUCACACUGCCAGCUGUCCACACACCUUCAGGCUGUAGAGUCUUGGUGACCUGUUGCCCCACCCUACCCGGGGAGGCAGGAACAAUAUUUAGGGCUGAAGGCUGCGGGACUGUAGUAGUUUGUGUGCACUCGGGCUGUUGUCAAGAUUUGCAUUCUUUGCCAUGGUAGGAAAGUGUGAUUUGAAAGUAUCAUAUCAUUGUAGUUUACUAAGUCAAAUUUUUCCAACUAGUGUUUUGCAAAGCUUGUUUUUUAAGCAAUUUACUGUGUGUAUUCUUAGCCAGGUUUGUUUUUUAAUUUGUGACACAUAUUUGAUUGAUUGAAAAACACUUUCAGUUGAAUUGAAAGCAAACAACAAGGUGCGGAUAUAUUAACGCUGGAGAAAAAGUCUUGUUGGUAUUCAAAAAAGUAAACUAAGAGUCAGAUAAGAAUAGAUAAUCAGCUUGGACACCAUAAACAUGUCCAAAUUUUUUCACCCAAGCUAUCUUGCCUUUUUCACAUUAGCCUCACCUUGAUCACAGACCCAAUCAACAGUAGCCACAGCCGUAGACUACACCCAAGUAGAGACAAACCACGCGCUGUCCAAUCCAGUAUAAAAGACACAUAACACGUAACGUUCUCCUUAGUUCUCAUUUGGCUAACACUGGAUGGUUUAGAGGUAAUGUGAAAGCAUCUUCUUGUGUCCUCCUUAUACUGAUGUUGGAAGCAAAGGUAUUAGGAAAUGUG